GUAUGAAAAGAUGUGUGGUUAAAAUCAUGAUUUUAUUAUUGGCGAUUUGCAUAAUUUUAUGUUGAUUUUGAUAUAAGAGUAGGAAGAUGAAGUUACCGUUCAUUCGUACUUUUUAUAACCGAGACAAACUGUCAUGAUUUAAACUUCCAAACUCUUAUCUGGUCAAUUCUUUUUCGCUUCUUUAACUGAUGUAAGAAUAUCUUAAAAACUGUAAACUACAAAGAAAAACUGGAUCUAUCUAUGGAAAAGUUCUUGGUUUGAAACUCUUACUGCGUUCUUGAUUCAACAGUUAGCGUUCGGUGCAAGCAGCCUUCUUGAGGUUCAUAUUUGAACUUCUCGACAAAUGGAGGAUGAUAAGAAGAAGAAAAAGAAAAACAAGAAGAAGAAGAAUACGCAGGCUACUAAACUGACAGAAUGUGCCACAGAAUCAACUUCUGACAAUCAGAGCUAUGUUUCUGAGAUGGCGCCAGAUAAUAACAGUCAAGUUUUGGGAAUUCCAGUGUUACAAAAUGAUCUUGAUCAGAAAAAAGAUGUUGAUAUGGACAGAAGUCUUGCUAAUGGCACUGAAGGUAUAACUUUUUCUGAAGCUGAGGAACAGUAUUGUCAUGACAGGGAGGCCAGCUUGCAAGAGAAAAUUAAACAAUUGCAGACUGAAAAAGAUGCAAGCACAUAUAAAGAGGCUAUCCUCGAGGAGAAAAUGAAACAGUUGCUGAAGGAAAGAGAUGAAAAUUUACAAAAGGAGGCUAGCCAAGAAGGGAAAAUCACACAGUUACAAAGUGAAAAGGAUGCAUUCAUGCAGAAAGAGGAUAGUCUAGAAGAGAAAAUUGAACAAUUGCAAAAGGGCAAGGAUGCUUAUUUGCAAAAAGAGGCUGAUCUAGAGAGGAAAAUUCUACAACUAGAGGGUGAGAAAGAUAUGUGGCUGGAGAAAGAGGUUGGUUUUGAAGAGAUAAUUAAUCAACUGGAGAAUGAAUUGGCCGUUCUAAAUUUAAAAGGGGCAACCUUAGAAGAAAGGAUAAAACAUAUGGAAAAAGAAAGAGAUUCCUGGGUCCAAAAGCAGUUGCUUUUGUUUAGGAAAACAAGCCCUGCAAACGAGAGUCCUCUUAAGGUUAGUAUAGAAGAGAAAAUUAAACAAUUGCAAAAGGGCAAGGAUGCAUAUUUGCAAAAAGAGGCUGAUCUAGAGAGGAAAAUCCUACAACUAGAGAGUGAGAAAAAUUUGUGGCUCAAGAAAGAGGUUGGUUUUGAGGAGAAAACUAAUCAGCUGGAGAAUGAAGUGGACAUUCUAAAUUUAAAAGGGGCGAGCUUGGGCGAAAGGAUAAAACAUAUGGAAAAAGAAAGAGAGUUCUGGGUCCAAAAGCAGAAUUCAACAGAGGAAGCAAUUGGCACACUUGAAAAUGAUAACACAAAAUUACGAGCUGAGGUGAUGGAGUUGGUAGAGUCGAAGAGGAGGAAUCUCUUACUAGAAAAUCAUCUUUUGACAAAAAACAUGUCUAGUCUUCAGUCACAGAUCAAUAAACUAGAGAGCAAUGUUGCUUUUUCUCGCUCUUCUGUAGAGUACGACGAGCUCACCUCUGAGAAUGGGGAUGCAGACUAUCGGAUAGAAGCUGCACAUCCAAUGGUUGAGAAUUUGAUUAGAGAAAAUGCAGAGCUUGUUGGGAAGGUGGAUGAGUUGUAUUCUAAGCUUGAGCAAAGGGGUGGUGCAAAACUGGAAAUCUCUUCCUCUGUUGUCUCUGAUCCAAAGGAUGUGAUUCCUCAACCAGCUAAUGUUGCCGAUAACUCAGCUCUUGCGCUGCAUCCAACAGUUGGAGCUUCCAAUGGACGUGGAUCUGCACAAGCAACUGAUUCCUCGUCUGAAGCUGGUAAGAUGACGUUUAUGUCGAGUGAGAGGACCGAGUCCUUGGAAGAUGUCAUCAUCAAUGACAAAGAUGGUAAUGCACUUGCAAAUUCUUCGGACUUGGAGUCCAAUGAAAUUGUGCAAAUUCCAUUGGAUGAGAACAAAGUUAUGGAUGCAUCUGAUUUAGAGGCGGGACAAAAUGAUGAGAAAAUCGAUGUCCCACUUUCAGAAGCUCCUUUGAUUGGUGCGCCAUUCCGUUUAAUAUCCUCUUUUGCUAGAUAUGUAAGUGGUGCCGAUUUAGUUGAUAAGAACUCUGGAAGCUCAGCUAUAUGACAUCCUAGCUUCGCGUUAUAACGUUUACCAUUUUGUAGACACAAAAUAUUGACACCACAGAUAUGAUGAGACAUAAAGCCAUUGUUUUUAACAGGCAGAUAGAAGCCUCCCAGAGUCUGGGAAAAGCAUUAUUCUUGAAGCUAUUGACCUCUUGUUGGUCAUAACUUCCGGUAUCUGUUUUUGUAGAAGAUCUAGUAUGAAGUUAUUUUAGCUUUGAUUUAGCGGAGUUAUUCAGUUACUAUAGUACGAUUGACUUGAUACGUUGGAUUGGACAAAAGAUUCUUUCUUUCGAGUGUCAUUGUUCUUUAAUUCUAACCAAUCCAAUGUGGCAUGC